AUGAGACAACGAAGUGGUUAGAUAUUAUCACCAGCUCGUGUAAUAUAAAACUUUUAAAUGAGCACUAAAAAUCAUACUAGUAAAAAUGCAUCAUAAUCUCCCUUAAAAUUUAUUUAGAGAAAUCUUUCAUAAAUUAUAUUGAAGGAUUUGGUGAAGCAAGAUUCAUCUCGGAAAGCUAAUCAUGGCAGCUUAACAGAGAGAGUACAUAGUUAAUAAAGAUCAAAUUCAAGAGAUAAGGUUAAACCUUAAGUAAAAUCUUCGAAAGUUCCAACUGAAACAAAUUUCCAAUUUCAAUAAAUAUCAAAGGGAAUCAACUUAAUUCUAAAUCAAAAAUUGACAAAUAAGAAUAAAUUAAUUUUAGAAAAAGGUUCAAUGACUCGCAGAAAUAGUAUGGAAGAUCUCUUAACAAGUUCUAUUUAAGUAGGUGGUAAAUCAUCAUCAAUUGAUAAAAUAGUUAAAUAGGAAAUUUGUGUAUAUGUUCAUUAUUCCUCAGAAGUAACACAAAAUCAUAGAUUUAAUCCUAAUAUAACAACAGAUAAGAUGUUAAAUGUAUUAAAGAAUAAAUGUGGAAGUUAUUAAGUGAUUGGAUUUGCAACAUUAGAUGAAAAUAUUGGAUUUGAUUAUUAUCUUACGAUUCCAUCUCUAUCAAUGAAUCAUAUGAUUGGAAAAACCAUAAGACUUAAACCAAUAAUAGGUAUAUCUCCACCAAAACAAUUAAAUUUAAGUUGUUUUUAAUUUUUGCAUGUAAUAGGCAGAGGUGGAUUCUCAACAGUUAUUUUAUCUCGAUCAUUAAUUGAUGGCAGUUUCGUUGCUUUAAAAUUGAUAAGCAAAAGUUUUGUAAUAUAAAAUGAGAAGUAGGAUUUAGUUUAGAAUGAAAGAGAUAUUCUAAUAGAAACUACAAAUAAAGGUUCGUUAUUCACAUCAAAAAUAGAAUUUGUAUUUGAAACUAAAAAUUGGAUAAUAUUUGGUAUAGAUUAUUGUCCUGGUGGAGAGAUGUUUAGUUAUAUGAAAAGAGUAUAAAAGAUGACAGAAUAAUAAGCAAGGUUUUAUAUAACUGAAGUUUGUUUAGCUUUAGGAUUUUUACAUCAUUAAUAAAUAAUAUAUCGUGAUUUAAAACCAGAAAAUGUGUUAGUUGAUAUAACUGGACAUAUUCAAUUGGCAGAUUUUGGUUUAGCAAGACCAAAUAUGUAACCUGAAUAAAAUGCAUAUUCAUUUUGUGGUUCUCCUGAAUAUAUGGCACCUGAAAUGUUUCAUAAUGAUGGACAUAAUUAUUUGGUUGAUUAUUAUUGUUUAGGAGCUCUCUUAUAUGAAUUUGUUACAGGACUUCCACCUUUUUAUUGUGAAGAUAAAAAUGUGAUUUAUACUAGAUUAUUAAAUGAAUAAGUGACAUUCCCAAAAAAGUUAAGUCCUGAAGUCAAAGAUUUAAUUCGAUUGUUGAUGAUUAAAGAUCCAAGUAAAAGAUUAGGUUCGAAAAAUGGUGUAGAUGAUAUUUUAGCACAUCCUUGGUUUUAAGAUAUUGAUAUUGCUAAAUAUAUUUCAAAAAAAAUAGAUCCUCCUUAUAUUCCAGAUUUAACUAAACUAACAUUUAAACAACCUACUACUAAUGACAGAAUAUUAUUCGAAUAGCUAAAUAGAGAAUAGAAAUUAAUUAUUUAAUUUACACCUAUGUUUUAAAAUACUUUCUUCUACCAAUAGAAUAAACAAAAACAUUAUGAAUUUGAUAAAAACUCUUCAACUUAAAUAACCAAAGAUACUAUUGAUUCUUUAGUAAGAAAGAGAAGUAAAAAUUCUCAGAAUAGUUAACAAUCACUUUUAUCCCAAUAAUCAUAAUCAUAAUUAUCAUCAGUGAUAUGUUCUAAUGAUACACUCAAAAAUACAAAAAGUGUAACUAACCUAAAAAAUUAUUAAAGUUUAUUGACUGAACCAUCUAAAAAAUGA